GGAGGCUUGCUGCGGGGCUGGCCGUGGCUGGGAGGAGCGUGUCUGAACGCCCCGGGUGGGCCCCGGUGGCCGGGGGGGUGCCGCUGCGGUGGUGGGGAGCGGCGUGAGGGGCCGGGCAGGGCCGCGCCGCCCGAGCUCUGCUUUGCUGGGCCUGUGGAGCAGAGGUUUGGCAUCCCCACGGCCCCGUGGGGCCUGUCACGCUGCGCGUUUCGCUCCCUGCGGCUUUGUGGGCCUCACUGGGAGCGGGAGCGGGCGGCUGCGGUGUGGCGGCGGCGCAGGGAGCUGGCGGCGCCUCGGGCAGGAGCUUUGGAACAGAAGAGCCAUGGCUUUGAGAAAGGCUGCUGUAGGCUGAGGUGGCUUGGCUGAUGUCUGAGCACCAACUGGGCUUUCUCUCUGCUGGUCACACCCAAAAUGGGGAGGAUCAGCAUCUCCUGUUUGCUUCCUGCUUCUUGGCACUUCAGCAUCUCACCAGUGGGAUGUCCACGUGUCCUCAACACCACUUUGAGACAGAUCCUGGUGAUAGGAAUUCUUGCUGCUGCAGUCUCCCUGCUCUAUUACUCCGUGGUGCUCAUCAGGAAUAAGUAUGGGCGAGCCUACAGGGACAAAAGGUUCCACAGGUACCUUGCCAGAGUAACUGACACAGAAGCCACAGACACCAACAACCCCAAUCUCAACUAUGGCAUCGUUGUGGACUGUGGCAGCAGUGGCUCCAGGAUCUUUGUGUACUGUUGGCCCAGGCACAAUGGCAACCCUCACGACCUGCUGGACAUCAAACAGAUGAGAGACAAAGCCAGGAAACCAGUGGUGAUGAAAAUUAAACCAGGCAUUUCUGAGUUUGCCAGCUCUCCAGACAAGGUCAGUGACUACAUCUCCCCACUGCUCAGCUUUGCUGCUGAACAUGUGCCCCGUGCCAAGCACAAAGAGACUCCUCUCUACAUCCUGUGCACUGCAGGGAUGAGGAUUCUGCCAGAAAGCCAGCAGAAGGCCAUUCUGGAAGAUCUGCUCACUGAUAUCCCUGUGCAGUUUGAUUUCCUCUUUUCAGACUCCCAUGCAGAGGUGAUUUCAGGGAAGCAGGAGGGAGUUUAUGCUUGGAUUGGCAUCAACUUUGUGCUUGGAAGAUUUGAACACACAGAUGAUGAGGAUGAAGCAGUCGUGGAGGUCCAUGUGCCAGGCAGUGAGAACAAGGAGGCUAUCUUCAGGAAGAGGACAGUGGGUAUCCUUGACAUGGGGGGAGUCUCGACCCAGAUAGCCUAUGAAGUCCCUAAAACUGUAAGCUUUGCCUCUUCACAGCAGGAGGAAGUAGCCAAAAACUUGCUGGCAGAAUUCAACCUGGGCUGUGAUGCUCAUCAGACUGAGCACAUCUACAGGGUCUAUGUUGCCACCUUCCUUGGCUUUGGAGGAAAUGCAGCACGGCAGAGAUAUGAGGACAGCCUCUUUGCCAGCACAGUGCUCAAGAACAGGCUGCUGGGCACACAGACUGGGCUGACUUCUGAUUCCCCUUACCUAGAUCCCUGCCUGCCCCUGGAUGCUGAGGAUGAAAUCAAGCAGAAGGGGCAGGUCCUGUACCUGCGGGGGACAGGAGACUUCCAGCUCUGCCGGGAACUCAUCCAACCCUUCAUGAACAAGACCAAUGAGACCCAAACUUCUCUUAAUGGGGUCUACCAACCUGCUGUGCACUUCCAGAACAGUGAAUUCUAUGGCUUCUCAGAGUUCUACUACUGCACUGAGGAUGUGCUACGCAUGGGAGGGGAUUACAAUGCUGCUAAGUUCACUAAAGCUGCAAAGGAUUAUUGUGCCACGAAGUGGUCUGUGCUGCGGGAGCGCUUUGACCGGGGGCUUUACGCCUCGCACGCUGAUCUCCACAGAUUGAAGUACCAGUGCUUUAAGUCUGCCUGGAUGUAUGAAGUGUUCCACAGUGGCUUCUCAUUUCCUGUCACCUACAGCAAUCUGAAAACAGCUCUGCAGGUUUAUGACAAAGAGGUGCAGUGGACCCUGGGGGCCAUUCUCUACCGAACGCGCUUCCUGCCGCUGAGAGACAUCCAGCAAGAGAACUUCCGUGGCAGCCACUCCCACUGGAGGAGCUUCUCUUUCGUGUACAACCACUACCUGUUCUCUGCCUGCUUCCUGGUCGUGCUGCUCUCCAUCCUGCUCUACCUGCUGCGCCUGCGCCGCAUCCACCGCCGCAUGCUGCGCAACUCCUCCUCCUCCCCUGCCCUCUGGCUGGAGGAAGGCCUCCCACCACAGAAGAUCCCAGGGCCCUGAGGAGAUGCUGUGAUGGAGAUGUGCUUUUGUUGGACUUGCUACACACACACACAAAGCCAUUUUUGCCUCAGGGUUCCUCCUUUUUGUCCCUUUCAACCAUCCCCAAGCAGCAGCUCGCGCCGGAGCGUUGCGAUGCGGCUGGACUUUGGGAGGGAUGCAGCUGGACUUUGGGAGGAUGGGAGAAGGUGGUCAGCUUGGCUUAGUCCCAUCAGGCACCAUCUGCCUAAAAUCACUCUUGUUAUCACUUUAGUUUUUAACAUGUUGCACUUUCUGUGUGUCCUGGGGUGAGCAGGAGCUGGCUGGCAGCUGAGACCUCCCUCAAUCUCCAGCAAGCUGAAGAGAACUGGAACAUGCCUCAGCUUUUGCUCCUGCUCAAGUCAGUCCUGCCCCAGUGUCUUUUCUUUGUGGAGUCCUCUGGGUUGUUUUAAUUUAUAUUUUAUUUAAACCAGGUUGAUUUUACUUGAAGGUGAAAUUGUCCACGAUUAAAAGUGAGAUUUCUAUGA